UCGUCAUCUCUACCCGAAUCAUCAUCCGGCGAACUGAAAAUGAGUGCGCAAUGCUGUCACGAGUGGAGGCUCACGUGACCAACAAGGAAAUAAAUACAACUCAGUUUGGGGAGAGAAUAACACAAUAAAAAAAAGAUUUAAUUUAGAUUCGCGUACUUACGAUGCGCCCAGAACACCGCUACUCAUGACGCAGCGUUUGAAGCCUUUUCUUUGUGUUUUGUUCUGUUUGUUUUUUGGAGUUUUAUCGGAAUGUUCUCCAUUAGCCUCGCAGCACCUGGAGCUAAGUUUGAACGGCAAAUGGAGGCUGACGAGCUCCAACGGGUCGGUGUCGCUGGCAGCACAGGUGCCUGGCUGUGUUCACUCAGCUCUGCUGCAACAACAGUACAUCCAGGACCCAUAUUUCAGGUUUAAUGACUUAUCAUACCGAUGGAUUGCACUUGACAAUUGGACGUACUCGACUACAUUCACUGUGUCUCCCCAAGUAAGGGUCAAGAAGAAGGUGCUUCUGGUUUUUGAUGGUGUGGACACUGUUGCCUCCAUCUCUCUUAAUGGGAUCGUCAUCGGGAAGACGGAUAACAUGUUUYGUAAAUAUGACUUCUCAGUCAGUGGUCUGCUGAAGGACGGUGAAAAUGUGCUGCAAGUUGGUCUGCUGUCUCCGGUUCUUUAUGCCUSUGAGAGGAGCAGAGCUCAUUCGUCCUACAGAGUGCCCCCCGAGUGUCCUCCGGAUGUCCAGAAGGGGGAGUGUCACGUCAAUUUUAUACGAAAAACUACACGUCCACACGGUGGAGGCUGCAGGUUGAGCUGCUUGUUGAUGCAGUUCAGUCCACUAGUGUCCAAGUGGAGCUCUCUUUACUGGAGCUGGACUCAGAGCAAACCAUCCAGAUGCAAUUUCUGCCGGGAAGGAGGAAGUACAACUUCACCUUACACAUCAGCGAGAGCAGCAAGCUGAAACUUUGGUGGCCCAGUGGACAUGGCAGUCAACCUUUUUACCGUCUCACUGUCAGAGGAUUUCAGGAUGAAGCUUUAAUCCUGAGCUCAGAAUCCAAGGUGUAUUUUCGCACUGUGGAUCUGAUCCAGGAGCCAAUUCCUGGAUCUCCCGGGCUGAGCUUUUAUUUUCGCAUAAAUGGGAAAACUGUUUUCCUCAAAGGCUCCAACUGGAUCCCAGCCGACUCCUUCCAGGACCGAGUAACUCCUGCUGUUUUGAGGAACUUGCUUCAGUCGGCAGCAGAUGCUAACAUGAAUACCCUCAGAGUCUGGGGAGGUGGAGUGUACGAACAGGAUCUGUUCUACGACAUCUGUGAUGAGCUGGGGAUCAUGGUUUGGCAGGACUUCAUGUUUGCCUGUGCCAUGUAUCCCACAGAGGACGACUUUAUUCAGACAGUGAGGGAGGAGGUCAUCCAGCAGGUCCAGCGCCUGAAGUCUCAUCCCUCCAUUAUAAUUUGGAGCGGGAACAAUGAAAAUGAAGCUGCUCUGGCGACCAACUGGUUCAACAUCCCAGCGUCCCAGAAGCCUACAUAUAUAAAAGACUACGUGGAGCUGUAUGUGAACAACAUUAAGAAGAUUGUCCAAGAGGAGGACCAGAGUCGUCCGUUUCUUGUCUCCAGUCCAACUAAYGGAGCAGAAUCUGAGCAGGAGGGAUGGGUGGCAGCGAAUCCCUAUGACUGUCACUUCGGAGACGUCCAUUUCUACAGCUACACCCUCGACUGCUGGGACUGGAGGACUUUUCCUCGGACCCGCUUCGCCUCUGAAUAUGGCUUCCAGUCCUGGCCAUCUUUCUCCACUCUGCAGCUGGUUUCUGUUCCAGAAGACUGGAGCUACGACAGUAACUUCACCUCCCAUCGUCAACAUCACGAGAGUGGAAACCAGCAGAUGCUGCAGCAGGCUGCUCUGCACUUCAACUUACCCAACUCCACAGAUCCCCUGAAGAGAUUUACAGAUACUCUCUACAUCACUCAGGUCAUGCAGGCCCAGUGCGUGAAGGCUCAAACUGAGUUUUAUCGACGGAGUCGGAGUGAAAUCAUUGAGGGGAAAGGUCACACUCUGGGCACUCUCUACUGGCAGCUCAAUGACAUUUGGCAGGGCCCCUCCUGGUCAUCAGUCGAGUUUGGCGGAAAGUGGAAAAUGUUGCAUUAUUUUGCACAGAACUUCUUCGCUUCAGUCCUUCCUGUUGGUUUUGAAGAUGACGACACGUUGUUCAUCUACGCUGUCUCUGACCUGAGUCAUGACCUCAAGCUUAGAGCUGUGGUGAACGUGUACUCCUGGUCUGACCUGGACUCAGUCUGCACCCGGACGUCGGACCAGCUGCUGGUGUCGGGCGGCAGCGCAGCGGCCAUCUACAAACAACCCGUGGCUUCCUUGCUGGCAGGAUGUGGACGCUGCAGCCGCCUCACCUGCCUGCUCAGCUUCCACCUGGAGGACGAGCGCAGCGUCCAGCAGGGUCCCACCAACCACCAUUUCCUCUGCUCACCUAAAGAUGCUCAGGGCCUUCAGAGACCCAACAUCACAGCGAAGGUGCAGGAGGACAAGUCUGGCUUCACRGUYGUCCUCCACUCUGACUCUGUGGCUCCUUUCGUCUGGCUCGAUGUGGGACACGUCCCGGGACGUUUCAGCUCUAAUGGCUUCCUGAUGGUGUCGAGAAACAGAACUGUCCGUUUUGAAGCCUGGCAGCCCACCAGUGUUGCAGAGUUGUCCCAGUCCCUCUCAGUCACAACUCUGAUGGAUGUAUACUGAACUGAACCCUGGUUUCAUCCAACAGUCACUUGUAGGAUUAUUGAGUGUCUGUAAGAUCUUUGGUACAACUAUUUUCUGGAUAUUUUCUAAAACUUGCCAAACAUUUAAUGAGUAACUUUUUUUUUCUGAAUCUUGUUUGUAAAGCAUCUUUUCUGCACAUUUUACUGUUAAGACAGAACGUGAGAAAGUAUUCAGAUAAUCUGUUACUUUGAUUUUGUCACUGGAAAUGAAGCAUACACACACUUUAAAAUAAGCUAAGCUCUGAAAAGUGCCAAUGCAGCUUUAAUACAUUUUGAAUCUUGUAUGGAAAACAAGUUUCACUCUAAUCCUGACAAUUAUAGUAAUUAGAAUAAAACUAAAUAUUUCUGAAGUCGCAUGUUGUAAAGUAAUGUUUAACGGAGUUUCAUAUGCACUGGAAAUAUUUUCGUGUUUUGCACAGAGUUCAGACUUUGAUGGUUUGCGUCAUCACAUUCAUAAAAUGAUACUUUUUUUCAUGAUUUAAAGUGUUUUUCAAAUUUAAAAUUUGGAGUCAAGGGAACAGCUUUUAUUUGUUUUCACAGACAUAUUGUUAAAGAAUAUGAUUUUUGGUUUAUGUUUGUCAUUGUGAAAUUACUAUUAAAAUAUAAGGAUAUCAAACCAC